GCGCCGCGGCGGCGGCGGCGGCGGCAGCAGCGGAGCAGAAGGGAACCGGACCGGAAGGGUCGCAGCGCCCCGCGCCCCUCACACCCACUGCGGCGGCGACGGGGCGGAGCAGAGCGGGGCGGGACGACCGGGUCUGGGUCGUGGAGCUGGGAGCCGCCAGAACGCAUCGCCGCCAGCGUGUCCUCCCUCUGCCUCCGGCGCGGCGGCGCGGAGCCGAGGGAUCUGACAAAGGUAGCAGCUCUAGGGAUCCUGUAUGACACUACAUCAUGAGUGACAGUAAAAGCGAUGGCCAAUUUUACAGUGUGCAAGUGGCGGACUCAACUUUCACUGUUCUAAAACGUUACCAGCAACUGAAACCUAUUGGCUCUGGAGCCCAAGGAAUUGUUUGUGCUGCUUUUGAUACAGUUCUUGGGAUAAAUGUGGCUGUUAAGAAGUUAAGUCGUCCUUUUCAGAACCAAACGCACGCAAAGAGAGCCUACCGUGAACUCGUCCUCUUAAAGUGUGUCAAUCAUAAAAACAUAAUUAGCUUGUUAAAUGUAUUCACACCACAGAAAACACUAGAAGAAUUUCAAGAUGUGUACUUGGUUAUGGAAUUAAUGGAUGCUAACUUAUGUCAGGUUAUUCAUAUGGAGCUGGACCAUGAAAGAAUGUCAUACCUUCUCUACCAGAUGCUUUGUGGCAUUAAGCAUCUGCAUUCAGCUGGUAUAAUUCAUAGAGAUCUGAAGCCUAGCAACAUUGUAGUAAAAUCAGACUGUACCCUCAAGAUCCUCGACUUUGGCUUGGCACGGACAGCCUGUACCAACUUUAUGAUGACUCCCUAUGUGGUAACUCGCUACUAUCGGGCUCCAGAAGUCAUCCUGGGCAUGGGCUACAAAGAGAAUGUGGACAUCUGGUCUGUCGGGUGCAUCAUGGCAGAAAUGGUCCUCCAUAAAGUCCUGUUCCCAGGAAGAGACUAUAUUGAUCAAUGGAAUAAAGUUAUUGAACAGCUAGGAACACCAUCCGCGGAGUUUAUGAAGAAACUUCAGCCAACUGUAAGGAAUUAUGUGGAAAACAGACCAAAGUACCCUGGAAUCAAAUUUGAAGAGCUCUUUCCAGAUUGGAUAUUUCCGUCAGAGUCUGAGCGAGACAAAAUAAAAACAAGUCAAGCCAGAGAUCUGUUAUCGAAAAUGUUAGUGAUUGACCCAGACAAGCGGAUCUCUGUGGAUGAAGCCUUGCGCCACCCGUAUAUUACUGUUUGGUAUGACCCUGCUGAAGCAGAAGCGCCACCACCUCAAAUUUAUGAUGCCCAGUUGGAAGAAAGAGAGCAUGCGAUUGAAGAGUGGAAAGAACUAAUUUACAAAGAAGUGAUGGACUGGGAAGAAAGAAGCAAGAAUGGGGUAAAAGACCAGCCUUCAGCACAGAUGCAGCAGUAAGUAGCAAGGCUACUCCUUCUCAGUCGUCAUCCAUCAAUGACAUCUCAUCCAUGUCCACUGAGCACACCCUGGCCUCAGACACAGACAGCAGUCUCGAUGCCUCAACAGGACCCCUGGAAGGCUGCCGAUGAUACGUUGGAGACAGCGCACUUGUCUGUGAAGGAACUCUUGCUUCCAUGGCCCUGAGCACAUGGGAGCUGAUGGAACCAAAUCGAAAAUCUCCAUGUUCUGCAUGUAAGAAACACGAUGCCUUGCCCUGCUCAGUUCCAAUAGGAUUGCCUGCUUAGACUAUGAGAUGAGGCAGACUAUGUCUGAAGACAAAGUACAAACCACACUGUUAGAAAUUUUGUUCAAGAUCAUUUCAGGUGAGCAAUUAGAAUAGCUGAAUUUCUUUUCCAGUUGUGUGGUGUCUGUGGUGACAGCUCAUGUGUAACGUGGGGACUCGUAUGCAUGUGACCACAAAUGCUUGCUUGAACUUGCCCAUGUAGCACUUUGGGAAUCAGUAUUUAAAUGCCAAAUAAUCUUCCAGGUAGUUCUGCUUCUAGAAUAAUCUCUUAAUCCUCUUUAGUAAUUUGGUGUCUGUCCAUAAAAGAAUAGAUUAUGUGUAUUAAUUGGCCACCGUCAUAUUAUCAUAUCUUACCCACUUUAUGGUAUGAUUUAUUCUAUCUUUUGUAUUUCAGAAGGAAUAUAAUUAAAUUUAUUUAAUAAAUAAAAAUACAGCUUUUCAUAAAUUUGUGGUGUUUUAGGCUGAGAAUUACCACUGCUUUCUAUAGACACUCUGUGCCCUUUAAACUGCCCACUGUGGGAUACUUUACGUACAGCUUUCUGCAUGACAAAGUUCCCAGUAAUAUUUCAUGCUGCUUAAGACAUACGUCACCUUAAAUCCUGCCCACACAUUUCCUUUUUUCUUGAUCCUUUGAAUGUGGAUCUAGAAUCCUCCACAGAACUUCACCUUCUUUAUCACAAAGCACCCCAUCUCAACAGAAUGAAGUGGCAGAUUCCUGAACCUACUGCUUAAUGUUGGCAUAGAGCUGACAGAGUGGCUUCCCCAGAAGGGUCAUUGAACAGUGCCUCCUUCCCUGAGCCCACCCAUCCUUUGCUCCCCUCUCCUGUGAGACCCUGUGAUUGGCUCUCACAGCCUUUCCUUCUGCAGCUUUACCUCCUAGCUUGUCUUUCUCACUGACAGAAGCCACUACGUCCAGCUAGACAGAGCACGUGACCUCUUAGGAGACUGCGUUCACUUACGGUGCCUGUUUGCUGCUCUUUUUCCAUUUUGUGGAGGCAUUUCCUGUUUCUAAGGGAAUUCCUCAAAUGUUCUAGAAACACUCAGAAGAACACAGAAGAAAUAUUCUAGAGAGUAGGAAUUCAUUCUUGAAUAUUUUCUGAUUUAAAACUGCUCACCUGAAAUUGAUACUUUCAGACCCUGAUCUGUAAAUUACUCAGGAUUUGAUAAGAUGCUGAGUUCUCUGUGUUGUUGCAGAAAUGGAGCGGAGAUGGUCAUACCAUGGCUACCUGCGCUCAGAGCAUUUUCUCCCUCGAGCUUAUUUUGUUAACAAUUCAUAUCUUGUGUUCAGUUACUUUGGGAGCUAUGGAGUGUGUUCUAGGAAGAAAUUUGAUAAGAACUUAUAUGAAAAGUACCAUCUAAUACGUGAUUCUGUCUGCACCAGUUGUAUCCUAAUGGUUGGUCUGAUCAUUGGAACCUUUAAUGAACAACAUUAAACUGAAAUAAGGGUUAGUUUUAGAUCAUGUAUGUACACUUUCAGGUACAAAGUGGAAAUGCUAGUAUGGGUGGGGGCAGAGACACCUGUCUAUGACUUCGGUUAUUGGGCCCUGGGAGCCUGAAGUCCCACAGUGUAUAGAGUCAACAUCAUACUGUGCUCUUCCUGCUGGUGCACAUUCUUUAAAUGAUUUCCCUGAAACUUAAGGAGGAAACACAGAAAGGAGCUGCAUUAUCUGCCCUACACUGUAAGGGGAGCAUGCUAUGAUUGAGACUGCUGUGAGUGGAUCCAGUGCCCCCAAAGAGUGGCUUUCUCUCUCCCCUUACUCUGCAUAUCCAUUGAGUCUUGUGGAUGGAGCCUGUGCUGGUGUGGACAGGGUCUCAUGCCAAGACCCUCUUCCAUCAGGCAAGUGCACCUAUGACCGGCCAGAAAUACCUCACCCCAGUUUCAGGGUCCUCCCUCCUGAGCCUAGAUUUGCCAGGGUCCUGGGACAAUGCAAAUGGUUUUGAACUGACCUCUGUAGGCAAAUGCCGAUGUUGGAUGAAGAACUGAAAAAUGUGCUCAACUUUUUCAUCUUUUCUAUUUUAUUUUUGUAAUUUAUAUUGUACACACCCUGGAAGUCACUAUUUUGGACAUGUAUUUUUAUAAACCGGGUAACUAAUGAUUAUCUGGAAUUUGCACUAGGUUAGUUUUUGUUGUUGUUGGCUUAAUUUUCAGCCAAAAGUGGAAUGACUGCCCCUUCCAGGUCUGAGUUUCAAGCGCAGGUCUGGAGGGCAGACACGUGCAGCCAGGGUAGGAGAGCGGCCUCAGAACAUGGACUGCAUAGUGCCUCAAGCAUUGGGCCUACAGUCAAAACCAGGCUGUGCUCUUAUCUUUAGAACACAAAGACCAGACCCCUGGUGUUAGAAGGAGAAAGCCCUCCAUUGGCCCUUGCUGACAGUCAGGGCCUGCAUCUAAAGCAAAAAACCCAACACUGGUUUCAUCUGGGCUGAGUGAUGUGUGAGUCUGUCUGCUAUGACUUCUCCAAUGUCUCAUGCUGGUAGUCAGUACAGGUGUGACCUUUCAGAUUGCGUAUCUCAAAAGUAACAUUGCCUAAUGUUUUAUAAUAAAAUAUAUUAUGUGUUUUAAUUGGUGGAAAAUAAUACAAACUACAUUUUAAAAGAGAAAAUGUACAGCAUGUCCAAUUCCUGUGUGUUUCAAAGUGACAAUUGACUGACUGUAUCUCUCCACAUCACCAUUUUGAUUACAAACCUAACACGAAUAGAUGUUGAAGUGUCAUAAUUUCAGACAUUCGGAAGUGUUUUCAAACCCAAAGUAGGAGUGCUGCUGUUAGUUCUAAUCUCUGCAUCUGUUUUCAAAACAAUGGCAGUAGGUUUUGACUUUAAAAAAUUGUACAAUGUGGUUGGAAUAUUGGUGAUGUUGUAUUCUCACAAGAUGUAACCAGGAGAACCUGCCAAGCUGUCUCUAUGUAUACGUCUAAAAGCUGUUAAUGGUG